AUGGCGGACUUUGAGGGAUAUUUGGCGCCAUCGGAGACAAUUCGUACUCGUAGUGAUUUAUUGGCCUCAAGGAGUAGUCAGCAGCAGAGUGGUCUAGGGACAGCAGCAGGAGCAGCAGGAGCAACAGGAGGAGCAGCAGGAGGAGGAGGAGGAGGAAAAGGAGACAGUAGUUUUGCCUCCAUAAGAAAUAGAGACAUCAACAGCAGAGGGACUUUCUCCCAUCGUCUAGACUCCGGUCCCCUCAACUGUAUCCGGAGCUUUGAGGAUAAUAGUCCUCGAGUCCCCGGAGGCAGAGCAAGACGAGGAGACGUCCCCUCUUGUCUCUCUUCAUUGUCAUCUGUAUCACAGUCUCCUGUCCCUGUUGAUGAUAGUCUCCUCUUGCGUCCCUCUAAGUCCAAGAAAAAUAUUGCAUUUGCUGUUGAAGAUGAUGUCAUGGAGUCGUCCCCUGAGGAAUCCGA